UUCAGGCGACAUUUCAAACCUUGGAAACUACCUGGAGGAUCUUCCAUUCACUUUGAUAGUUUGUAUGGGCAUAAGCAUUGAAGCAUAUUUUCUGUUCUCUGGCCUGUUGUUAGUUUAUCCAAGAUUUCGUAAAAAUGAAAAAGAAGUACACAUCAAUGUCAUCAAAAUCAUUGUGCGACGCUACAUCAGGUUAUGUCCAUCUAUGCUCCUAAUUCUGGGUAUCAUUGUUUUAUUGCCUCUUAUUGGUUCAGGUCCUGUCUGGACGGACAUCUUUGAUACUGCAGCAGAAAACACUCGUAAAUGGUGGUGGACAUACGUUUGUAUGUUUAAUAACUUCUUAGCCGUUAAGGAUCUGAAUUUCUUAUACCUGUGGUUUAUACCCUGUUUGAUGCAGAUUUCGAUAAUUGGUGUUCUACUAUUGUGGCUUAUAGCGAAGUGUCCCAAGUUCGGACUUGUCUGCACUGUUGCAAUCGGAUUAGCCUGUAAUAUAUCUCUGGGAGUAAUGACUGCAUUGCAUCGUUUUCCGCCGACAUAUGCCAUUUAUUAUUACCACAACAGGGAGCAUUUUGAAAUACCUAUUUACACAGCUCCUUUAAGCCAUGCAAGUUCAUUUGGAAUCGGUAUGCUUUUAGGAUAUUUUAUGGCCAAGAAUCAGAAGCUGAAGUGGUCACGAAUUCACGUCGUUCUUGGGUGGAUAGUGUCUAUCUUUUUGACAGUGGGUAUCCAACUUAUUAUGUUUGUUGGUCGAGAUGGAAGAGAUGCUGAUCCAGUUCUUGCAGCCGUUUAUGCAGCUACACACAGAACAGCGUUUUCAUUGGGAUUAUCCUGGAUCAUAUUGGCCUGUACGCAUGGUUAUGGAGGUUGGUUUGGCAACCUUAUUUGCUGGAAAGGAUUUGGACCGCUGAGUAAAUUAGGAUAUUUUGGGUAUUUAAUCCAUUACAUAGUAAUUGCCUACCAUGUCAGUGUCGCAAGAUCAACUUUAAUCUUCAGUCAUUAUGAAAUAUGGAUGAGAAUAUUUAGUUACACAUCUCUGACAUUCUUGGCAGCUUAUAUCCUGUACAUAACUUUCGAGUUGCCUCUUACAUUCAUAGAAUCCUUAUUCCUUUCUUCGCACAAUCCUAACCCACAAGUGAAGAACAACAAUACUGUAAGCACCAUUAAAAACGAAGACUUUAUCGUUGUUCAAUAUAAUGGAACAACUUUAAAUGGUUCGAAAAACCAUUCUAAUGGAUUGAAUCAUCUUGGAACUAUAAAUGAAGAACAUUCUAAACUGUAGUUUAGGAGGAAUACUGCUGUAGUUAUGCUGAAUGUUAGCCAAAUGCUGAAAAUGUAUCGACAAAAGUGUACUAUAACUUAUUUAACUUAUCAUAAUCACCAGUGAUGAAAAUGCAGAAAGCAGGAUUAAGAAUGACGACUUUAUCGUUGUUCCAUAUAAUGGAGCAAAAACUUUAAAUGGUUCGAAAAACCAUUCUACUGCAUUGAAUUAUCUUGGACUAUAAGUGAAGAACAUUCUAAACCUCUUCUGUUUAGGAAGAAUACUGUAGUAGUUAUAUUGGUCAAAUGAAGCUGAAAAUGUAUCUACAAAAGGAAUACUAUAACAUAUCACCUAAUCAUAAUCACUCAUUGAAGUAAAUGCAGAGAGCAGGAUUAAAGACUUUAUCGUUUUUCAAUAUAAAGGGACAAAAAAAAACUUUUUCAAUAUAUGGUUCAAAUGGAAUGGUCUGAAAAACUGUUCCAAUAAAAUUGUUUAAAUUAUCUUGGAACCAUAAGUGAAUAAUAUUUAAAACUGUAGUUUGAAGAGAAUACUCUAGUAGUUAAAUAUUAGUCAAAUUUAAGAUUUAAUUUGUCUGAAAUAUUAGUCAAAUCGAGUUCAAAAUAUAUCUUUCGAUGAGUAGUACUUAUAAACUUACUGAAAUCUGUAUAGGUUUAAGGGAAAAGUUAUAAAUUGCAGAAUAAAUACAAUGUAAUACAAAUUCAUUUAAUUAAAAAAAAUGUAGUUCGAAAUUAAUUUCAAAUUCUUUUUUAAAAAAAUAAGAAGAACUCUUUAAAAAACUGAGAAAUUAUUAUUAUUAAAUUUUUUUAAGAAAUGAGAAUAUUAUUAGAAUAAAUUUCAUAUUAUUAAAUAACGCAUGCAAAAAAUCAUUAUAUGAUGCUGCAUUGAGUAAAGAAAUAUAGUCAAAACUACCAGAAUAUGGUAAAAUUUUCCACGUUUCUGACUUUAUGGGAACAUCAAACAUCUCGGAAAUUUUUACCGAAGCGCUAUUUUAAUGAUUUUGGUAAUCAUAACACUAAAUUAUGGUUUUAAAAUAUAUAUGAAAAAAUUUGGUAAUGUGGUAAAAUUCAGUAAUUCUAUCAUGGCACAUUAGAGCAUGACAAAGAAACCAUUUAUUCGAUUAAAUUUACUUUUUAGCUUUGUA